AUGGCGCUCCUCGUAGACAAACACCGUCCACGGACAUUGGACUCCCUCUCGUACCAUCCCGAACUCUCAGACCGACUGCGAGCUCUGGCGGCCAGCGGCGACUUUCCCCAUCUCCUCAUCUAUGGCCCUUCCGGAGCAGGCAAGAAGACACGCAUUUCGGCCACCCUACGAGCUCUCUACGGUCCAGGAGUCGAGAAAAUCAAGAUCGACAGUCGCGUGUUCCAGACGACCAGCAAUCGCAAGCUCGAAUUCAACAUCGUCUCAUCAAACUACCACCUCGAAAUCACUCCCUCAGAUGUCGGCAACUACGAUCGUGUUGUCAUUCAGGAUCUGCUCAAAGAGGUGGCACAGACACAGCAGGUGGAUGCAGCAGCGAAACAACGCUUCAAGGUCGUCCUCAUCAACGAGGCGGACCACUUGACUCGAGAUGCUCAGGCGGCGCUGAGGCGAACAAUGGAGAAAUACAGCCCCAAUUUGCGAUUGAUCCUGGUCGCGAACAGUACAAGUAAUAUCAUUGCUCCUAUUCGUUCGCGAUGUCUGUUGGUCAGAGUGUCCGCCCCUUCAGAGGAGGAGAUUUGCAAAGUGCUGGCAAAGGUGGGCAAGGAUGAGCGAUACCAGGCAUGCGAGACGCUGGAGAAGAGAAUCGCCCGGGACAGCAAGCGGAAUUUGAGGAGAGCGUUGCUCAUGUUCGAAGCGGUGCAUGCACAGAAUGAGACCGUCAACGACAAGACAUCGAUCCCGCCGCCAGAUUGGGAGGCUCUGAUCGAAGUCAUCGCGAAGGAGAUCAUAGAAGAGCGUUCACCUGCUCGCAUUCUGCAGGUCCGCGCGAAGCUAUACGAUCUGCUCACCCACUGCAUCCCGGCCACGACAAUCCUCAAGACUCUCACAUUCAAGCUCAUGCCCAAGCUCGACGACACCAUGAAGGCCGAGAUUAUCAAAUGGAGCGCUUUCUACGAGCAUCGAAUCCGCAUGGGAUCAAAGGUGAUCUUUCAUCUCGAAGCAUUCGUCGCCAAAUUCAUGCGAAUCUACGAAGGAUCUCUCCUUGGUAUGGACCUCGACGACUUCGAUGAUUGA